CUUACUUUGUUGCAAAGGUGUUUCUUCCAGGACAUAAAAAGAGAUGAAUGGGGGGCCAUAAUGAGUUGCAAAAUGCACGAUUUGAUGCAUGAUCUUGCUCAACAAGUGGUUGGAGUCAAGUGCAUGGUCGUGAAGCUCAGAGAAGAAGAGUUGAAUGGGAGGAUCUAUCACUUAUCUUUUGACUUUCAUUUGGAUGACCAAUGGAUGAUCCAGAGAUUCGCGCCAAAUUUGAAGGUCAUGCGUACUUUUCUUUUGCCAGCUCAACAAAUCAAAUAUGGGUCUUCCUUCAGUAAAUCAAUAUGUGAAAAAUUAAUAUCGAACUCCGGAUGCUUGCGGGUGUUGGAUCUUCACAAUCUCGGACUCAAAAGUUUGCCGAGCUCAAUAGGCGGAUUAAUUCACUUAAGGUACCUCAACCUCUCCAAGAAUUUCAUUAAAGUACUCCCGGAAACAAUCACAAAACUUCAUAAUUUGCAAACACUCUACUUGCAUGGAUGUUUGCAUCUUACAAAGCUACCAGAAGAUAUUAGGCGACUUGUUAAUCUCAGGAACCUCGAUUUUGGUGAAUGUUUUGAGUUAGACUAUAUGCCUUCUAGAAUAGGAGAAUUGACUUCCUUGCAAAAACUACCCCUUUUUAUAGUCAACUACUAUAAACAUCAGGGUAGUGCUAGGUUGAGUGACCUGGGGAACCUUCAAAAACUGAGAGGAGCCUUACACAUCAAAGUUCCGAGGGAGUUGAAUGAUGCAAAAACAGAAGCAAGAGCGGUGAACUUGGGUGCAAAACAUGGGCUGACCAAGCUGUUCAUAGAAUUAUUAGAUCAAAAGUUAUACUGGGAGUCAUCAGAGCAAGAUGUUAAUGGCAGUAAACAUGAUGAAGAUUUGCUGGAAGGUUUACGACCACAUACUAAUUUAAGAAAACUAGGUAUUCAACGUUAUAGGGGCCAGAAGCUCCCAAGUUGGGCAACUAACUUGCGUGAUAAUCUUCCUCAACUGGUUUCAAUUAAACUUGAGUUUGCAAAAUGCCAGGAAGUCCCUAGUUUUAGCCAACUACCCUCCUUGAAGCGCCUUAUUCUUGUAAAUCUAGAAAAUGUUGAGUACAUGGAGGGUGGUGUAGAUGGCCUCACAUUUUCUUCCUCCUUACUAUCGUUAAAAGUAGCCUUUUUCCCAUCUCUUCAAGAACUAAUUCUCAUGGGAAUGACACGUCUUAAAGGAUGGUGGAAAGGAGGAUCAAUUGUUGAUAACGGAAGUACAGGAAAGGCAUCAAAUCAAAUGUAUCCAGUAUCAUUUUCUAAUUUAGCAAAACUCACCAUAGAAAUGUGUCCCAACUUGACAAUCCUCCCACUUUGUCCAAAUGUGGAGGAACUGAAACUAUGGGAGAGUAACAAGAGCCUUUCGAUGUUAAAAAUGACAGCAACUUCAUCAGCCAAGUUGGGAUCUGGAUUGAAGUUGAAAGAGCUGACAACAGAUGAUGUGGAAGACAAGCUUUUACAAAGUCUACAUCAGCUUUCUUCACUAACAGUCCUUGGUGAUCCCAAGCUGGAGACUACUUUCAGUUUCAGACCAGCAGAAGUCAGCACAAGUAUUACACCAUCUCUUCGGCGUUUGGAAUUUUGUCUAUGUCAUAGCUUAAGAUCUGUCUCUAAAGGCCUGGAACACCUCACUUCAUUGGAGGAAUUGGUUUUUUCCAGUUGUAAAGAGCUUGAUCUAUCACCAGAUACACAACCACAAAAUGAAGAUGAAGUUAACAUGCCAUGGAAAGCUUUCAAAACUAGUCUUCAUUCUUUGCAGUUGCAAUUCAUGGACAAACUAGUGGCUUUUCCGAGUGGGCUUCAAUACUUGACAAACCUCCACUCUCUGGACAUACAAUCCAAUUAUGAAUUGCUGGAACUGCCAGGAUGGAUAAGCUGUUUCUCUUGUCUUAGAUUUAUGCAAUUGUAUAAUUGUCCCAAAUUGACCUCUCUUCCCCAAGGUUUUAGUGAGCUUGACGCCCUACAUGAACUUCGAAUCGUCAAAUGUAAUGGAUUAACAGAAAGAUGUCAAGCUCCCAAUGGUGAAGAUUGGCCCAAGAUCAAGCAUAUCCCUCUUCUAGUUGUUCGAAUGAGCUAUCAUAAUUGAAGAUGUUGAGCUCCAAUUGAACACCACCAAUGAUACUAAUCUUGCCCAUGCACAUAUUGACAGUUAUUAAUUGAUGCAUCAAGGAAAGAAACCAUGUGAUGGCAAAUCAGAUUGCCAACUGAGACACCAACAGCGGAAUGAACCCACCAUAGCAUCCAUGACACAAAAGACUAAUCAUCUUGUAAAUCGACAAGAUUGUCAACAUGAUCUUAAGCAGGGGAUUAGGUUAAAACCCGCCUUAACUUGGCUUGUAAUUGUUCGUUUUCUAUUCUUUCUAGUAUUUACUUUGCGUUUUCAGGACUCAUGUUUAGAUGUACAUAGACUACAUACAUUAUUGUGUUCCUUUUCCAAUG